AUGCAAUCAUUUCGCGGCAUUCUUCGUCCACACAAAGCAUGCCAUUCCCCCUCCUCUCACACUUAUGCUGCUUCUUCACUUUUAUCUUUACCCCGUCCUCUCUAUUAUAGCACCAAACAAUCCAAUGCAAUCCCUCCCAAAUUCAUCCAGCGCGUAUUCCUAAGCGACGGCUCAUCCUAUGUCUAUCACACGACAUCUCCGAAACCACAGGUCAAGCUGAUAAAGGAUACGCGAAACCAUCCGUUAUGGAAUGAAUACUCCGAUGGCGUGGGUUUAUUCGAUGAGAGCGGUCAAUUAUCGAAAUUCAGUUCACGAUACGGUGAGACGGAUUUUGGAUUGGAAUUUUUGGAAUCAGAAGAGAAGUUGCCAGAAUUGAGCGCUAAGGAGGCUGCAAGGAUGGCCAAAGCAAACCAGAAGAGUAAAAAGAAAGGAGGAAAAUAG